AUGGAGUUGAACGACACCCAAUCAGGAGGAGCCCCGACUGACAAAUCACAACACCAUCAACUUUUGAUAUCACCGGGUGGCACUAAAUAUUGGAUACCCCAAUGCGAGGACGCACUGAAGCCUCACAACGGACAACGAUUUAGAGCUUUGAGUGAAGCGGUCGAGUUCUACCAACUGUAUGCUUCUACUGUAGGAUUCGACGUUAGGCACAGCACAUUAGUGAAAGCACAACGAGAUAAAACGAUACUUUGGAAGUACUUGGUGUGCUCACGUGAAGGCUACAAACAACGCGUAAACACAUGCCAACCGGUGCCAACCGAAAAUCGAGUAAGAAGACGUAGAGUAUCCAACCGG